AUACAAUUAUCGACAUCAGGGCAUCAGCCAUUACGCUGCGCUGCACUGAGCCUUCUUCUUUGGUGUGCUACUUCCUUUGUUAGCUAAUACUAAUACUCUCUUCGAGAUCGCCAUUUUUAGGGUUUCUUAUCUUUCUCUCUACAUUUCCUCCAUUCUCAGGAUCUGAGCUUUAUUGUCUGUAUCCUCCUACACUUUUCUGAUUUUGCUCCUUGGUAUUCCGAUUUUAGGGUUUUGCAGUUUACAGCUUCAAAUCUCUCAAAAUCUCCACUUAUCGGCAAACAAAACUAUCAAUUUCUUGGCAAUUGGUGUGGUUUUUGUAUUCUUUGUUGAAUUUAUAAAUAGAUUGUAAAAGUUUUGCUUAUUGGAGUGCGAAUGUUAGAGUAACACAUCAUAAUACUCUUUAAUGGCUUUGAAACUAUCUGCUGCUAAAGCAGCUCAAGUGGCGAUUGGAUCAAUUGGUCGUGGAUAUGAUAUUUCGGCAGAUCUUAGACUUAAAUUUUGCAAAGGUGAUUCUGAGGAUUCACAUUUGAUUGAAAUUAAUGAAGAUCAUUGUCAAGAGAUUCCUUUACCUGCUGGAAUUGUUAUUCCUGAUGUACCUACUUCUAUAAAAUGCGACAAAGGUGAAAGGACCAGAUUUAGGUCUGAUGUUCUGUCUUUCCAGCAGAUGUCAGAACAGUUCAACCAAGAGGUUUCAUUAACUGGUAAAAUACCCUCUGGUCACUUCAAUACAAUGUUUGAGUUUUCUGGAUGUUGGCAAAAGGAUGCAGCCUACACGAAAACAUUGGCCUUUGAUGGAGUUUUCAUUACCCUAUAUUCAAUUGCUUUGGAAAAAAGUCAACUUGUAUUGCGUGAUUAUGUCAAAAAAGCUGUUCCUUCAUCAUGGGAGCCUGCGGCAUUGGCAAGGUUCAUUGAAAAAUUUGGCACUCACAUCAUUGUGGGAGUAAAGAUGGGAGGGAAAGAUGUUGUGUUUGUAAAGCAGCAGCAUUCAUCAUCCCUUCAACCUGCUGAAGUACAGAAAAAGUUGAAAGAGAUAGCUGACAAGAGGUUUAUAGAAGCAAACGGGCAAUAUGAGAUUAACUCUGGGCAUACUUUUCAGGAUGGAAAGUUUGACGCUCGUGAACAGCGUUUGAGAUUUGCAGAUUUGAGUCCUUCUUGUUCAUAUUCACACAAGGAGGACAUUGUCACAAUUUAUAAGAGGAGAGGCGGAAGUGAUAUCAGGAAUCUUCCUCAUCAUGAGUGGCUACAAACUGUGCAGUCUGAGCCAGAUGUAAUUUCCAUGACCUUCAUCCCAAUCACGUCUCUGUUGAAUGGUGUGCCUGGGAGCGGUUUCUUAAGCCAUGCAAUAAAUCUUUACCUUCGUUACAAACCACCCCUAGAAGAGCUUCAUCCUUUUCUAGAAUUUCAGUUACCAAGACAAUGGGCACCUGUGUUUAGUGAGCUUCCCCUGGGUCCUCAGCGCAGGCAGCAAAACUUUGCUUCUCUGCAAUUCAGUUUCAUGGGUCCAAAGCUAUAUGUUAACACCGCCAUGGUUGAUGUUGGUAAGAGGCCUGUGACUGGCCUACGGCUUUACCUUGAAGGUAGAAAAAGCAAUCGCCUGGCCAUUCACUUGCAGCACUUGUCAUCUCUUCCUAAGAUUUUUCAACUUAAGGAAGAUUCAUAUGGAAUUUUUCAGCAAGAUCACUAUGACCGAAGGUUUUACGAGAAAGUUGGAUGGAAGAACUUUUCUCAUGUGUGUACAGCUCCAGUUGAGCCUGAUGAUGAUCUUUCAAUUGUAACCGGUGCCCAGCUACAAGUUGGGGAUUAUGGAUUCAAAAAGCAGUGGCAAAACCUCCGCCGCAGCCAGCUGAUGUGAACAUUAACUCUGCCGUUUACCCUGGAGGUCCUCCCGUUCCUGUGCAAGCACCCAAGCUGCUGAAGUUCGUCGACACAACUGAAAUGACAAGAGGACCGCAAGACUCACCUGGUUACUGGAUUGUUUCUGGUGCAAAGCUUGUGGUUGAAAGGAGUAAAAUAUCGAUACGUGUGAGAUAUUCUUUACUUACUCCUAUCUUACCUGACGAGGAUGAGUUGGAAUAACAAUGCACAUAGUAGUAUUAAUUUGCUUGUGUCCGGAAGUGUGAAAAUUUGGCUGGAAAAUCUCACAAACUGAAAUUUGUGGAGUAAAUCAAGCUAAACAUUAACAUUUUGGAUGCAAAUUGCUCGUAGUCAUAGAAGAACCCAGCAACAGAAGAGUGAAGGGGAAAUACGAGCAGGAGGCAGGUUUUUAUGGGCGGUUACUCGCCCGUUUUACUUCUAAACCUUUUGGUUUUAAAAAGAAAAAGGAAAAAAAUAUAUAUUAUGUGAUUUGUAAGCUUCAUUUAUUUUAUGAUGGGAAAAAAUGGCUUGGUGUUUGCUAUCUAAGUAAUCACUGCAUUCUUGCCUUUGCACAUAACGGGAAGAUAAUGAGAAUUUGUGAUUUACUCAAGUAGAAAUUCUUCCCAUAUUAGUUAGGGUUAGUUAUGUUUCAGUUACCAAACUUGGCCACUACUCAAGGAUGCAAUCCCCAAGGGAACUCCAAAUCCACAUCCUUAUUCUUUGAUUUUGCACCAUGGACCAAGUCCGUGCUUGGUUAGUUAUUUAUGGUUUGACAAAUAUUCUCUUUGUCAUUCUAAAAUAUCACCAUUUGACUCAAAUACGUGUGAGUUUUGUGAGCCAAGUGGUGUUAUUCCACAGAGACUGAGGGAGUAGUAAUAAAUGUUGAUAUUGAAAUUGUAUUUUGUAUGUGUUUUAGGACAAUGCUUGUAUUGAGGUUAAUAUGUUUUUGAAUAAAUAAAUUCAAAAUUAUAACUAAUUCAUAUAAAAGAAAGGAAAAUUGUCGGAAACAAUUUAGAAAAAUCUUACUUUUGUCAAUAAUUACCUAGAAUAUUUUUUAAUGUAAACUUACAAAUUUUUUUUAUUAAAGACUACUUUUUCAUUUAAAUUUUCAUAGAAAUUUGUUUAUGGUAUACACCAGAGAAAAUUUGAAAAAAAUUAGAUAAUUUAACAAUUUAUUCAAAAAACAAGCUUCGUUUAAACUUUAUUCCCAAAAUAAGCGUCCUUGCCUCCGAAGCUAGACUUGGUUUAUACUUGCACUUACUAACAGCGAGUAUAAUGAAAUGGUCAAAAUUUUAGUCAAAGUUUAUUUCGCUGUUACUAACAGCGACCUAUUAUUUAACUGCACAGCUGGUCAAGUCGCUGUUAGUAACAGCGAUCUAAUACGUUUCUAAAUUCAGCAGCCUUCUUCCUCCUUCCUUAUUUCACCCGAUUUUGUAUCAGCGAAACAACCCACGAAAUCUCCCUCUACUUUCCACCAUUAAAAUCAACUUCAAUCCUUCAAUUAAUAUCAUCAAAUUUCAAGUUUCUACUACUAUUUAAUUCUGUCAUCUUCCUACAUUCACUUAAGGUACUAUUUUUUGUGUUUUUUUUUCUUUUUUUGAAAAUUAGGGUUCACAAAUUCCUCAUCAACUUUCACAUAAAUGCAGGUUCAUAAACUUGCAAUUUACUACU